AUGGUUAAGCACCAUUGUUGUCAAGCCUCAAAUGCACCCCCUUCCUCCCCCGACAAUUUGUGUGCAAUCGUUGUAGGUGGAUUUCUGAUGGAGAACGCCAAACACGAAGAUGAGGGCAGCGGCAUGUUCGACCUCAACGCCCAAACAUCUCCUACCAGUUAUCGCGCACCUCGACUCUCCCGUCUCGCGCCUAACGACUUUCCGGAGAGUGAGGACCUCCACGCGGCCUUCGGUAGCCUUGACAACCCAGAGGAUCCGUCACAGGCGCAACACUGCUUCAUUAGACCUGUGGAUCGUCAGCCGCCAAGGCUGGAAGAGUUUGACGAGGACAACGGCUUCGACAGCGGCUUCGGCUCGCUUCAGCUCACACCCAGUGAGAUCAACUCUGACUCCGUCUGUGAGAGCCUGUCGCCUCGUGCGACCCCUUUUUGGAGACAAGGGAGGGACGAGUAUUUCAACGUGAAUCUCCCCCUUAGCGAGCCUUCACCAAACCUUCCAGUCAAGGAGGAAUUCUACAGGCACUCAGUGACACCAAGCAACCAACUCCUGGAACUCAAGCGCUAUCGUACUUUGGAAUACGCUUCAAAACUUUGCACACCACCGCCGCCACAAUUGUCGAAAAAUAUGCAAGACGGCUUGUAUUGGGGCGACAGCUAUAACGGACGACUGGUUUUACACGAUUGUGACAACGGCGGCGAUGUCGUCAGUCCAUCAGUUCCUUACGUAGGUACGAAGGACCCAUUUGUAGGUCCGUUCUUUCGCGCCAACUCCAUGUCCGCAUCACCUCCGCCGCCACCACCACCAGCACGCUCGCCAUCUUCAUCUCCGGUCUCUCACCGAAUUCUUAAUAAACGUGUCGCUCAGCGAGAGGCCAACGACUUCCUCUCCUCUUCCGACGCUGGCGGUCACUUUGACGAACGCUACGUUGAUGAUGAUGACGAUGAGGAUGAUAACGAUGAUGAUUAUGAUGAUCGAUUUGGCCUCGAUGCGCGCUACGAGGAGGGAGGAUUUGCGUCGUCGACGAGGCUAAGUCACCGACAAGGUGGACACCGAGUGAAUCAGGGGUAUUCGGUGCGUCGCGGUCACAGCAACUCCCUGCCCGGAGCCAAUCAGCGUCGACCACGUGGCAACACGGCACCGGCCACGGUGGAACGCCCUCGCAAGACUUGUGCCCCACGCAACGGUGGACGCAAGCACAACCUCCUCAAUUUCAUUCUCGAAUUACUCACCACGCGACAGAACUGUGUCGAGUGGGUAGACAAGCCCAAGCAGGUCUUUCAGAUUGUGAACCCAGAACAGCUGACCAGACUCUGGGGUGAACACAAGAACAACUUCAAAAUGAGCUUCGAUUCGCUCUCACGAAGCCUCAGGUAUGCAAGUCACGCUAAUUGGAACCGUGAUGAUUUCAGGCUCUAUUACAAGCCCGGAAAGCUGGAAAGGAUACCAGGCACGCGGCAUCAAUACCGACUUAUACAUCGGCCCACUGACCCCCGAGAACUGCUCCACGACACCCCCUUUCCAGUGAACAGUCAAGGUUGUGGCUCUGAGCACCGCCGUUCCACCAAUCCUGGUUGCCAAAUGGCGCCCUACAAGCACUCGCUGCCGCAAAAGCCUUUCCUCUGA